AGAUCCCCAAUUUUUUAUGAACAGAAAAUUGUGAAACUGCCAUUUGGUUGGGUUUCUCUCCCUCUCUCUCUCUCUCUCCUAUUUUCCAUUCUCACACUCAAACACACUUCUGAAACCUUUGUUCAUCAAACGCUGCUCAUUGCUUCAAUCACUUGCUCAAAACUUUCAGAUCGGUGUCUUUCUCUCUCCGACAAACAAAGCUACAUGAUAUAAUGUGUGACACAAUGAGAAAACUUUGUUACUUCCCUUCAAUUGACUGUUUCCUUCGGAUGCAUUGCUACGAUUGUCUGUUAUUAUAGAUCCUAAAAGCUUGUGGAUGAUCUCUUUAUGGGGCAGGAUUUAAAGUUUUGGUCAAAUGGUUUCGUUUUUGUACUGCUAAAAUGGUUGAAUGUGAGAUGUGAAGUGAAUUGUUAACAUUGGUAAUUGGUAAAUGGGGAUCCAAACAAUGGGGUCUCAAGGAGGUGGAGAUGGUAGUGAAAAACGAUCACAACUCCAACCUCUUGUGCGGCAAAAUUCGGUAUACAGUCUCACACUUGAUGAGGUUGAAAAUCAGUUAGGUGAUUUAGGAAAGCCACUAAGUAGUAUGAACCUAGACGAGCUUCUUAAAAAUGUAUGGACUGUUGAGGUGAACCAGUCCACGAGUUCGGACAAUGAAGGCGCAGCACAAGCUAGUGAAGCUUCUCUACAACGUCAAGCUAGUCUGUCGUUAAAAGCUGCAUUGAGCAAGAAGACUGUAGACGAGGUUUGGAGAGAUAUCCAACAAAAGAAAGACAGCGACGAGAAGAAGUCACGGGAGAGACAACCUACUUUAGGAGAGAUGACAUUGGAGGAUUUCUUGGUGAAAGCAGGUAUUGUUGCUGAAGCAUCUUCUAAUAAAACGAACACAGAUACUACUGCUGGAAUGGAUUCAAAUGUAGCAGUAUCACAGUUUCCUACGCAAGGUCAGUGGAUUCAGUAUCCGCAAUCACAACCACAAUAUCAGCAGCAUCUACAACAAAGUUCAAUGGGGGUUUAUAUGGCUAGCCAGGGUAUAGCACAGCCGUUACACAUGGGGGUUGGUGCUUCGAUGGAGAUUCCAUUUGCAGAUAGUCAUAUGGCACUGGCUGCACCUCUUAUGGGAACUAUGUCGGAUACGCAGAUUUCCGGAAUGAAAAGGAACAAUCCUGAGGGUAUGGUGGAGAAAACUGUUGAGAGAAGGCAGAAAAGGAUGAUCAAGAAUCGGGAAUCCGCUGCCCGUUCAAGAGCAAGGAAACAGGCUUACACAAAUGAAUUGGAGAAUAAAGUUUCGCGCCUGGAAGAGGAAAAUCAAAUGCUGAGGAAACGAAAGGAGCUAGAGAAUAUGUUGCCAUGCGUACCAAUUACUGAACCUAAAUAUCAGCUACGCCGAAUAGCAUCAUCUCCAUUCUGAGUUUUGUGUUGCUAUAAGUAGAGGUUUGUAGAUAUGAAGGGAAUCUUUGGUUUUAGUUUUAAUGUAAGUGGUUGACACAUGCCUUGUGGUAUUCUGAAAUAUGUAAUGUUUUCUAACUCCUCUGUUAAGUUCUUGAGUAAUUAUGAUAGGCAUGUUGUAGUUUCAUCA